CUCGUGUCUCGAAAAGUCGUCCUCAAUCUGGUCCUCAAUCAUCGAGACUCAUCUCUUCACAUACCGGCAGCUGACCAACACCACAAUGAUGGCCACAAAUCAACCGUCCACCCCAACCGCCACCCUCCUGGCCACGCACGCGGACCAGUACAAAAAAGCCACGAACCACCUAUUCCUCGCCAGCGUCGCCCAUGCCCGAACGACGCGGAAGACAGUGGCCGCCGAGGAGGGAUCCGUGGACGUGAGGGUGGAUGAUGCGUUUGCAAGAUGGUUGACGCAGGAUUUCCACUUUGUAAAUGCGUACCUGAAGUUUUUGUCCGGGGUGCUUGCGAGGGUUCCGACGGAAUGUGGGGAGGAUAGCGCUGAGGCCCUGACGGAAGGCUUUCUGAAAGCCAUCGGCAACAUCUCCGCCGAAGCCCUCUUCUUCCGCACCGCCGGCGCACCACUGGGCAUCACUCUCGACUACACCCACGCCACGCUGCACCCCACCACCGCGCGCUACCUCUCCUUCUUGGAGCGUAUCGUAUCGUCGGCCUCAUGGCCCGCGGCACUUGUGGCCUUGUGGGCUGUCGAACGCGUGUAUCUGGACUCGUGGACGUAUGCGAGCGAGCGUAUGCCGUUGAUGAAUGCGAAGGAGUUGAAGUAUGCGCACUUUGUGAGGCAUUGGGCGAAUGCGGAGUUUAGGGGCUUUGUGGAGUGGUUGGAGGAGAUUGCGGAUGCUGCUGUUGUGAGGGCGUUUGAAGGGGGGGUUGAAAUGAAGGAGAAGUUGGAGGCGGAGAUUGAUGCUGUCUUUAAGGAGGUUGUCGAGCUCGAGAUUGCAUUCUGGGAUAUGGCACUGGAAUCCGCCAGUGUUGCAAAGGAGGCAGCAUAAGCAGCAUGCUCCACUGUCCGCAUCAAUUUACCUGCACCGUUCCUCUCUUCCGUAGCCCCACGAGCCUAUCCUGAGACUCUCGGCUUAUCUUCAUUGUAGAAUUCCCGGCGGCGUAUCUAUAAUCUAGAUCACUCGCAUAAUAGCAUUCAUCGUUCAUCAUCAAUCUGCUGCACUGCCCUUGCUGCACUGCUAUGCAGCUGCUAUGUCAUCGCUCAUUCUGCGUGUUCUCCAGUGCUAUGGGACUUGAAUGACAUUCACAGCCACCUGACGGGAAACGGGAC